CUCGAAGCAUCCAAGAUGUGCUGAGCAACGCAAGACUCAGCCGGCAUUACUCGGCCAUCCACCUGCCUCGCCGACACCCUCCACCCCCGCCCCGGCUUAACCAUCAUGACCUCCGGAGGUAUGCCGCCAAGUGCACCCACGACCUUCCACCUUCCCAGUCCCAUUCGCACCAGCACCGCUUCGCAGCUUCGUCAAGCAGUGAUCCUCGUCCUCCACUCCAUCCUCUUCCACCGCGUCUAUGGCACUCUCAAACCAGCCAGUGUCCUCUACCUAACCACCGAGUUCCCAGUGGUACCCGAAAAGGGAGUGGUGCAGGUCGUGAGGAGCAAGGCGGAUGAGAUGGUCAAGAGGGUGCUCAGCGGCGCAGCGGCUUCAAGUACAGAGCUCGUCGUAUCGCUCUACGACCCAGCAGCCUUGUCCACAGGACCUGCAGGCCCUUCCCAGCAACGGACGGAAGCUGGAGGCGCUUAUCGGUACGGCUGGCUUGCGCAGGCCUUCGCAAGCGGGAUCGGCGGACCAAGCGUAGAACAUCCCAGCGGUGCUCCUCAUAGCGAGGCCUCCACCUCCCUACCCAUUGUGCCCGAUCUGGGCUCUUUCAAAUCUGCAGAGGAACACGGCGAGCCAUUCGAGACAUGGAGGAUCUCCUUCCAGCUGAUCAAGACGAGGAGAAGGAGCUCAGUCAGAGCAGGUGGGGGAGUUGAGCUUGAUCCAGCUGGGAACGUAGACGCAGACGCACAAGUGGAAGAGCAGCUCGUUGAAUUCCUGGAACAGAUGCUGCGCUUCGUUGAUGAGCAGAGGGACCAUGUUCCCGCGCUGCCGUCGUCGGAAUUGUGCCCGUUCCCCAUCGUCAUCGAUGUCGGCCACAAGUGACCAGUGAAAACGACAAGGGAGCUUAGAGGACCGAGCGAGUAGCAUCAGCUUGGUGUCGUGUACGCUGUAGAUCUGACAAUCAGACGCG